UUUUCGAGAUCUAGGAGAGGACCUUCAUCCACUUCAUCACAGCUUCUUCCCACUUCGGUGUUGAAAAUGCUUUACCUGAUUGGUCUGGGCCUGGGAGAUGCUGAGGAUAUCACUGUAAAAGGACUGGAAAUUGUAAAGAAAUGUAAUCGAGUGUACCUGGACAAUUACACCUCAAUCUUGUCUGUAGAAAAGGAAAGGCUGGAGCAGUUUUAUGGAAGACCAUUGAUUGUUGCUGACAGACAGACAGUGGAACAAGAAGCAGAACAGAUUAUAAAAGAUGCUGAUGUCAGUGAUAUUGCCUUUCUUGUUGUUGGAGAUCCCUUUGGGGCCACAACACACAGUGAUCUUAUUCUGAGAGCAGUAAAGAUGGGGGUCCCAUACCGAAUUAUUCAUAAUGCUUCCAUCUUGAGUGCUGUUGGCUGCUGUGGGUUGCAGUUGUAUAAUUUUGGAGAAGUAGCAUCCAUUGUUUUCUGGACAAAGACUUGGAAACCAGAAAGCUUCUUCGACAGAGUGAAGGCAAACAGACAAAAUGGCUUGCACACACUGUGCUUACUGGACCUCCAAAUAAAGGAACUGUCUUUGGAAAAUCUAAUAAAGGGAAGAAAGAUCUAUGAGCCUCCACGAUUCAUGACUGUGAACCAAGCAGCCCAGCAACUUCUGGAGAUUGUUCAAGACCAUAGAGCUCGCGGAGAGGAACCAGCUAUCACCGAGGAGACAAUAUGUGUGGGCCUGGCCAGGGUGGGAUCUGAGGAGCAGAAAAUUGCUGCUGGCACCUUACAGCAGAUGGCGACUGUGGACCUGGGCGGCCCUUUGCAUUCAUUAAUUAUAACAGGAAACUUGCAUCCUCUGGAGGUGGAAAUGUUGAAACUCUUUCCUAUGCCAGAGGACGGCUCAUAAACCCCAAGUGUUAAAAGCUCCUGCCACAGCCUCUGUUUCUACUCUCCUUUAUUCAGUGUCAGAUAUAAAUACAAAGAUAUGCACCUUCAAAAGACAAAAUAAAAUGGACAAACAUUUGGCUUCAUCCCAUGAAC